AUGGCCAACAUAACGCGUUGCAUCUGCCCCCUGUCCGGAACCUACGUGGUUAUGCUCACCAAGCGGCAGCAAAAUGCCUCACCGUCUCAUGUCCCGCAGCGUCCCAUCUUCGUGAUAGCCAGCUGUGCCUGCUGCCUCCUCCAGUGCGGCUCGGCGCUCCUCAUCCUGGUGCCCAUCUGGUGCAAUCGCAAGUGCGCGGUCACGUUCCUCAAGAUGCAGUUCUGCAUCUCCACAUCGAGUGUGAUGCUCAUCUACUUGCUGGGCUUCAUGAAAAUGCUGCCAGUGAACUGGCACGCCAUCAUUAGCAGCUCGCUGGCAUCGCUGUUGUUGCUUGGCAUCUCGACGCUGAUUGCGAUUGCCUUGGCCAUCCACACGGAGCUGAUGCCGAAGAAGUAUCUGCAGAUUGGCAGCAAGCCGGCGACGCCGACGAAGAGGGAACGGGUGCAGGAGCGUGAAAAGGACCGCGAGCGUGAGCUGGGGAGUCUGAGCAACAUCACACAGAUACGGGCACAGUCGCCGCCAGCAGCAGUGACGGGGGCCAGCAGUGGGUCCGCCAGACCCCACCGACCGCCACCCAAGACCACGUCCUCCUCCCUUCCACUGCAGGGCGGAUCGGCGGGAAUACGUGGCGCCAUUGGCAUCAGUUGGCUGCUGCCGUUGCUCUUUGCCGUGGCUGCCCCCCUAAUCUGCAGCAUCAUUGGCCAAUGGCCGCGCCAUUGGUGGCUGGAGGUGCUAUGGUUGCCGGGAGCUAGCUCAGCGGAUGCCAAGACGGAUGGCGGAGGAGGAGGAGGUGGUGGAGGAUCUGAUGAACUAGAUGGCGGCUACUAUGGAACGCAUUCGCUACUGAAUGGCGAUAAUUUACUGCUUGAAUCGGAGGCACUGCUGGGCAAUGGAAGUAGCGCAACGACAGAGACGUCAUCGCCCGAUGAUGUGGCCACAUCGGCGUCAUCAAUCACAGGCGGACACAGCUACAGCUCCAUCUCGUCACAGCAACAGCAGCAGCAGCAGCAGUUGGCCGCCACUUGGAGUUUGGGUCGCAGCAGCUCUACCUCCUUUGCCACUUCCGUUUCCGCGGUGGCUGCGCCUUUAACUUCCGGUCUGGGCGAUGCCACUUCAACAUCAUCAUCGUCGUCGUCGUCGUCGUCGCCUUCGCUGAGCUUCCUCCUGUUCGCCUGCAUCGAUUUGCUCUUCAUCCUGCUCUUCUUUGCGCUGUUUGCCAUUUUAAUGAAGAAACUUUUGUGGUUGCGGCACAAGAAUCGCAAUGUGCAUACGCAUCCGUUGGAUAAAUUCAAUCUGGCUUUGCGCAGGCGCUUUGGAUUACUCUACCGGGCUGGAGGACUGCUGCUGGCCAAGCUCUGCAGCGAUGGGUGCUUCAUCGUUUAUGUUAAUUCAUCACCGGAUACUUUGUGGGCAUAUCCGUUUGGCAUAUCGUGCAUAAUAUUGGGCUCGGCCAUCCUCAUCUGCUUCGUCGUCAAGGCCGAGAGCCAGCUGCGUGGACCGCCCUUCCUCAGCAGCAACGGGAGCAGCCAGAACAGUUCCCUGAAACAGGCCAAAUUCAACACGAGCCGGAGCAGCCUGGACGAGAACUACUGCACCACCACGACGACGGCCAAUGUCAACAGUCCGCUGAGCUUCUAUACCAAUCACGACAAGGAGAAGGAGAACGACUGUGCGGUGUCGCUGUCAAUGUCAAGCGCAGCCGUGUCCUCCGCAGCAGCCGUCGGAUCCUUGGCCUCGUCAGCCGGCUGCGCUCCGCCCCUGCAGCCGAAGGUGGGCCUGGAGCUGUCCGGAGCACCGGUCUCCUCCGGCGUGCCACUGCCGUUGACAAUCAUCUCGACAGCGCCUCGCUGCCAGCCGGGCGCUGAUGGAGCGGCGGAGACCUUCCUUGGUGACCACCAGCAGCACCAGCCGUUGCCCCUGUCCGUGGCCCCAUCGCCGGACACCCGUUGCUGUGCUUUGUUGGGUGGCGGACCCGGUUAUGAUGCCUACACCAUGGGGGUGGGCGUGAAUAUGGGAGUGAGCGUGGGUGGAUUCACAGGAAGCCUGGGCAGGAGAACGUUACACCGGCAGCCGGCACACUACCGAACCGGGCCAUGUGGAGAGUUCGUGGGCGUGGAGACGCUCGAUUUACAGGGCGUGGCAGCAGACAGCAUAAUCGGCAUUCACACCAGUGCCAUUAUGCCCACGGCCACCAGCACUUCACAUUAUGUUCCGCUGCAGCAUAAUCCCUAUGUGGACUUCGUGCCCAGUCCCCUAAUCCUGAGCAUGCCGGCUCCCCAGUUGCCGCCCCCACCGACCAUCAGUGGGAAUUUGAGUGGAGCAUCCAUGCCACCGAUGUCCCUGCCCACGCAGACACCCAAGACACAGAAGCGAGUGACCAUCUUGGAGCCUACAUCGCGCACCACCUUUGACCCCCUGCUGCCUACCAUGGUGGCAGCCGUUGUCUCCACAUCCACAGUCACUAGCACGGCGACGACCACGGCAGCCACACCCACUCCGACGCAGAGUGGCGGAGGGGGUGGAGCUGGCAAUGAUGCAACGCUGGAUCGCAUCACCCUCGAUCUGGACUACUUGCUCAACAGGGGGGCCAUGGAUGCCGCAGAUGGAGCCGGAGGAGGAGGAGGAGGAGGAGGGCCAUCGGCGCCCACCAGUGAUGAUGGCCAGCAGAAACAAUAG